AUGUAUUUCUCACGCAUUGUCAUUGCCUUUGCUGUAGCUGCAUCGGCGCUUUUACCACCGCCCGCGCAACCACUGAACAAGGAGUAUGGCUUCAACCACCCACCAGGCGUAAGCCAGGAGUUCCUUGACAUUACCGCUGCAAAUACGCGGGUUGCCCAGAACCAUGUUAAACUGCAAGCGCCAGUUAGAUAUCCGACAGCUGUUCACCAAUUGCAAAAGGUAAACAGGCUCAUUACUCAACUGGAUCCGCUUGGCGUGCAAACCAUCAUUGAAGAUCUUUCCAACUUUCAAAACCGCUUCUAUAACGGAAGUGAGCCUAGCACUAAAGCGUCAAGAUGGCUUUAUACAAAGAUCAGCCAGGUUAUUACUGCCAGCAGCGCACCGCGAGUUGCAGUGGAUUAUUUCACCCACGUUGGUUGGCAUCAGCCUAGUAUAAUUGUAUCCAUUCCGGGCCGGAGCGCAAAAACAGUUGUGGUGGGAGCUCACCAGGACUCUAUCACUGGAUGCUACCAAGUCUCACGGGACUAUGCCCCCGGUGCUGAUGACAAUGCGUCUGGAGUUGCAACUCUUCUUGAAGCCUUGCGCGUUCUUCUGCAGGAUCCUUCUGUUGCCCAAGGUCAAGCGCUGAAUACACUUGAAUUCCACUUCUACGCAGCCGAAGAAGUAGGGCUACAAGGAAGCCAUCAGGUUUUUGACGCAUAUUCUACUCAGGCCAGAGAGGUAAAAGCCAUGCUUAAUCAGGAUAUGACUGGAUAUACAGGUUACGUGAGUCAUAGUAAGCCAGAGGUCAUUGGUGUCCUUACCGACAACGUCGAUCCGAGCUUGACCAGCUUCUAUUGUACAGUACCGUAUGCCGAUACCGCAUGUGGUUAUCGCUGUUCGGAUCAUGCGUCAGCCCAUGUACAUGGUUUUCCUGCAGCGAUGACUUUUGAAUCCAAGUAUGGUGACCACAGCAAAUUUAUCCACUCAUCACUAGACCGUGCAGACACAAUCAAUGUCAACCACAUUCUUCAGCAUGUUAGAUUGGUAAUUGGGUUUGCAUAUGAACUCGGGUUCGCUCCGCUUACCACUAACAAUGGGAAUGAGUAUCUGUGA